AUGGGGAAGCUGAUCUCUAAAGGCUGGCACAGAAGAGAUGCCCGAGUUGUCAUGCUGGGACUCGACUUUGCCGGCAAAUCCACCCUUCUGUACAAACUGAAGAGCGGCCAGGCUGUGGAGACCUGCCCGACGGGGGGCUUCAAUGUGGAGUCUCUGCAAACGCCCUGUGGCCUUUCCUUCACCCUUUGGGACGUUGGCGGACAAGGCAGCCUGCGGGCAAGCUGGCCUGACUACCUGGAUGAUACCAACACCCUCAUCUUCGUGCUCGACAGCACAGACACAGCCCGGCUGCCCGCAGCAGCCGCAGCACUGGCGGAAGCCCUGAGCCACCCUGGCAUGGCUGGUGUCCCCGUCCUCCUCCUGGCCAACAAGCAGGAGGUGCCAGGAGCAAUGGCUCCUGCUGAGCUGGAAGUGAGGCUGCGGCAGGGGCGACUGGCGGGGCACCGGUGGGUGCUCCAAGGGUGCAGUGCCCACAGCGGCCAGGGCCUGCAGGAAGCCCUGGCCAUCCUGGGGGAGCUGCUGCGGGGUCUGAAGCAGAGCUCCCCAUCCCAAGAGCAGCCUCUCACGGGGCCAGCAGGGAGGAGGCAAGCUCCAGAGGAGACCUGA